GAUAGCCAAACGUUAACCGGUGUGAUCGUAUCCCAAGUAACUACGCUGCGAAAAAAGACGCGAAAGAUCACGGUGGGGUGAAAAUAAGAGAGAUAGAUGACAACGCGAAUGUCAAUGGACAGAAUACCAGGUAGAGACGGAAGAAAAAAAGGAAGAAGUAGAAGAAGAAGUAACAGCGGACUCAGCACUAAGAAUUGCUGCCGGACCGCACGCAUGCAUACGAAACCGGGUAGCCUACGCUAGAGAUCGUGAUCACCACAAACGCGAAGUGCGAAGAGAAAGGUGCACCGUGCGUUUCCGGAGGAAGGGAUGCUGCGUGAGAGGAAGACGCCGUGGAGGGGUAUCAGCUGGAGGGAAAACGGAGGAGGGACAAGACAGAGGCGUAAGAGAUCGCGAGAGACGUGGCGGACGAAAACCCGCACUACGCUGACAAGGACGCACACACGAUCCGCGAGGAAGCGGGAAGGGGAAUCGCGCAGCCCGCGACACGAAAAGAGACACAAUCGAACUUGGACGGCCCGAGGGAGGAAAGGCGCGGGCAGCGGAGGACAGGCGUGAGAGAUCGUGCCAAGGGGGAGAGAGCUGUGCGGUUGCUAUAGAGUGCGAGAGACGCUGGAGAACGAGCGAGAUGCGCUAGGUGGGGGGGGUAGCCAGCCGGGUGUGUGGAGGUGAAGAGAGAAGGAGCGGAUGGAGGGGAGUAAGAGCGAGCGAGCCGGAGGGAGAGGCGCAGUCAGACAGUCAGGCAGGCCGCCCGGCAAGCAAGGCAAGGAAGGCAGGGCAGGCAAGCAGGCAGGCAGGCAGGCAGGCAGCCAGGCAGGCAGGCAAGCUAGCAGGCAGCCAGUGCACCAGCCAAGACCACUAGAUCCGCUCGGCUUACCGACUUAGAGACUUAAGCCGGCAGGCAGUCCGAAAGGCUCAACCAGCUAAGCCUGGCGGACCCACCUACCACCGACUUACGCAGCGGCCACUACACCGUCCCAUCCACCAGCGGGAAAAUCGGAGUACACCGCUGCGAUCCGCGGCACCGCCGCCGCCUUCUUCUUCUUAUAAUUUUCCUCCAUCUCCGUGUCCCGCUCCGCCGCUUCUCCUCUCCGACGACGCAUCUCUUUUGACACCGGCGGCCGGCGGCGUUAAGGGCGGAGGUGCAACCAGUGACGUUAGUGCUGCGCGGUCCCGUCAUCACUGACGCGCUCGUGUCAACGACGUCCGACGUCGUUGUCGUCGUCGUCGUCGUUGUUCGCGGUCACGGCGACGUCCGCGUGACCGUCGCGAGAAAGAGGCUAUCCGGGCCGCCCUUACGGACGGCGAGCCGCGCCGAAUCGCGUGUAAAUCUAUGUAGUGGAGUUCCAGAGUGGAGGGCGGGCUACCAGGACCCGGAAGUUGUGAUAGUUUAGGUCUUGGUGUUGCGAGAGGAGAGGUGCCGCGUCCGUCCUUCGCUAACGUCGUCAACGGCGUGAUUCUGAUCGGUGACAAGAGUCGGUGAAUGUUGCUUAGUUGUUGGUGAAGGUCCUACUGGAGAACGUGAGAAAUAGAGGCCGGCCUAGAGAAUAGUGGUAGUCGACGUGAUGCUGAGGAUACCUCGUGGAAAUCUGCCUACGUCUUUUCCAUUGACGGCCUACGGAAUCUCGCCCCAAGAACACCUUUGCUAAACACUAAUAGCAAACGUAGAAACUACACGAGAUACGAUACGUGAAGGUGAUAUCGACGAGAUCAGGUCAUCAGUGGCGAGUUGUGGCAGUCCAUGACGAUAAGAGGCUGUUGAAACAACCAGAGGAAAGUAUAUCGAAAGAUGAAAAUCUGAGAAAACGGGAAAACGAGAGAAAAACGUCAAAUGUGGAGAAAUCGGGAGAUGCCACUGUUGCGAGUGUGAUAGUGCUGAUAGUUUAACCUAUUUCGAUAUUAUAUGAUUCUAUGACUCUUAUCACUCUUUCCUCAUCGCAUCAUCUUAUUUUUACGUGACAACGGCGACUUGGUCAUUUGAUUUGUCACACCUCUAUUUCACGGACGUGAGCUUCGUAGUGUUUUAUCAAAUUGUCACACGAAUCCAUAACCAUCCACGGAGGUCCAGAAGCGAUCUCGAAUGCCGACGGCGCACAGUGUCGCAUUCGCGCGUACUUCGUUCGUCAAGGAACCGAAGCAUAAGGGUUAACGCGAGUGGAAGAGCGCGACGGCACGGCGAAUGCGCUGUGAUCCUUCCUAAAGGAAUCUUCCUAAAAGAAGUCGCACCGCGUGAAACACACCAAAACCCCUAGCAAACCUAUGUAAACAGGAUCUACCGACCAAUUCCCAACCACGUCAACGAUCAUCACGCUGACCGAGUCGCUGACCAACAGAGACUCUGACGCGGCUCGACGUGUCGAAGCUGUCCGUGUGGGUGGAAUCUGCGUUCUCUGAGAAGGAAACAGUUCGCCGAGUGGAGACCGCAUUCUCUACGAAGGAAACGAAGCGUCGGAUGCCCUCGACCGGUCGCCGACACCCUUAAGAAACGCAAAUCACGCGAAUUCUCGAGCUCCGCGACGAAGGAGACGCUUGAAUGUGUCCCUAGGACGAGGUGCGGGCGAAAGACCGGCGGGAUUCGCGGCCUGAUCGUGGGCCAGGUUGAUUGUACAUUGAGUCGUAAGGAACAGUCAACACGACGUUAACCUUCUACAGCAUGGAGCGGGGCGGCGGGGGCGGGGGGAGCCUCGAACUCGCCGGGGGCGGAGGCGGCGGCGGCGGCGGAGGCGGAGGCGGCGGCGGUGGCGGCAACGCGGAUCUGUGUCUUCAGGAUCUCGUGACCGGGCCGGCGAGCGGCCUCUCGGUGCCGCACCAUCAGCACGCGACCGCGGCGACCGCCUCGAUGGCCGGUCUCCACGGCGAUCAUCUGCAGGGCGCGAUGCACCAUCACGACCUGCACGGUAACUCGCAUCACGACACCUCGAUGCUGCACAACUCCAGCCACCAGCUGCACCACGAGCCGCUGGAGAAGCUUAAACGUGUCUGGGCGCAGAGUGACUUCAGGGACGAGACCAACGGGGGUCUCGCAAGGCUCGACACUACGGGUCAUGGCGCCCACACUCCCGGCGGUAGUAACCCCAGCACACCGGGAGCGACCCCCACGACACCAUCCGGAUUCUCCACUGCUCAACCGAGGAACCGCACAAAUACCACUCACAGGCCAGAUAUCCGAAAAGAUGUACGAACACCCAUAGAAGUGAAACAUGAAUUGGGUGCUGGUGGCGGUGUCGUUUCUCCCGGAGGGGUGGUCGGGGUCAAUGACAAUGACGACAAGGAUGGCAAGAAGAAUAAACGACAGAGGAGACAAAGGACGCAUUUCACGUCGAGCCAGCUUCAAAAUUUAGAGGAGACCUUCAUUAGAAAUCGGUAUCCAGACAUGGCGACGAGGGAAGAGCUGGCGGUUUGGACGAAUUUGACGGAAGCUCGAGUCAGGGUCUGGUUCAAGAACAGACGGGCGAAAUGGCGGAAGAAGGAGCGGAACGCGAUGAACGCCGCCGCGCAGGCCGCGGCGGACUUCAAGUCGGGCUUCAGCACGGCCAGUCUGAACGGUUUUAUCACUCAACCGUUCCCAGACCCGGACACUCUCUACGGCUCGUACAGCACGUACAACAACUGGGCGACCAAGGUGCCGUCGCCGUUGAGCGGCAAGAGUUUCCCCUGGAUGAACACGUUAGGCUCGGUAGUGCCGACGGCGUCACAUCAUCAUCAUCAUGCGCAGGUUAGCCCGGUGAAUUGCUUCAACGCCGCAGCGACGUCGGUCGCGGGCAGCCACGUAGGUGGUAUGUCGGUAUCGGUCGGUCAGGCCGCCACGUCCAUGUUACCGGGUAUGGGUUCCGGUCUGGGUGUCGCGAGUUCACCGGUCGCGGCGUCCGGUGCAGCGUGUCCUUAUGCCGCGCCGGCAGCGCCGCAUCAUCCUUAUGGACCACCGGUCUACACGCCGCACCAUCGGACAGCGGCACCACCGGAAUCCUGCACAGUGAUGACCUCCAGCAGUAUCGCUUCGUUACGUCUGAAGGCUAAGCAACACAGCAGCGGUUACGGCGGCGGCGGCGGCGGUGGUGGGUCCUUCAGCGCAGGUGGUACCACCGGUACCACAGCGGGUAGCAUAAGUCCCGUCAGCUCGAGGGCAUCCUCCGUCGGCGGUGGUGGCGGCGGUGGUGGUUUAAGCGCCUGUCAGUACGCACUGACAACGGCAGCCGGCGCGAACCCACAUUCCCCGGGUGGUCCUGAGGCGCACGCCAACGCCACCGCCAGGGCUCAAGUCUGAGGUGACGCGGGGGCUACCUCUAGC